CAGUUGCAGUCACAACGGGAUGACUAUCUGCGUGGGGCAGCGGCUGGGUGGCCAGGCUGUGGCGGGGAAGGCGGGAGACAAGCCUCCGACGCGAGGGGCGUGGCUCGUGCCUGCUGGGGCCACCAGGCGCAGCGCCCAGCGUCGCGCUCGGCUGCACGUGGCAGCCAGGAGCGCGGGCAAAGGCGGCGGCGUGCUGGACCGCCCUGGCGUGCUGCCGGGCCAACAGCGGGGGCGCGAGACGCGGCGUCGGCGCCCUCCCUCCUACCGCGUGCUGCUGCACAACGACAACUACAACCGGCGCGAGUAUGUGGUGCAGGUGCUGAUGAAGGUGGUGGAGGGGACCACCGUGGACGACGCCGUCAACAUCAUGCAGGAGGCGCACAUCAACGGGCUGGCCAUGGUGACGCAGUGCGCGCAGGACAAGGCUGAGCUGUACUGCGAGUCACUGCGCCUCAACGGCCUCAUCGCCACCAUUGAGCCCGCCGGCACCGGCGGCAGCGAUGGCACCAGCAGCAGCUAGGCGCCGCCUAGCGAGCGAGGCAGCGCGGGCCUUCCCUUCCCUUCCCGCCCUCGCGCUGCCUGACCCCCUCCUGCCGAGCGGAUUCCUUCCUACCCCACCCCUCUCACCCCUCUCACCCCGGUACUUGAGAAGAAGACUGACCAACCGUUGGGGCAGCCCCACAGCUGGCGUGCCUGCACCCCUGCCCCUCUUCCCAGCAUGCACGGCCCAUGUGGGCAGCCACAGCCUGAUCCCUGCACU